GGGCUGCUCAGCGCUGUUCAUGUUACCUGCAGAAAGAACAGUAAAGAAAAGCAGGAAAAGAAACAUUGAGCGUAAAGGACACGUCUUGUAUUUAUGAGGAUUAAACACAUUAAGUAUUUCUGAAACCCGAGAAAAAAACUGAACAGAAACUCACACCUCACAUCUGCGGAUUUUACACAGCGGCUCGGGCAUGUGGAUGUCUAUAAAGGUCCUACCUUCAGCCUGGCAGCAGUGACGGCCACAGGGGCAGGUGUCCCAUGAGCUUUUUUUCAGCCUGAGGUGAGUGCUCUGGGCCCGGGCCUGUUUCUCUGGAUCAGUGCAUUCUCAGCACUGCAGUGAUGGAGCACACCAGAGACAAAGAGGGUGAAAGGCCGACAAGAAGCAGUAAAGUGGCCCAGGGUCGCAGUGGACACUCACGGCCCUCCAGUUCAUCUGCAUCGUCCGGUGUCCUCAUGGUUGGACCAAACUUUCGUGUGGGCAAGAAGAUCGGCUGUGGAAAUUUCGGGGAGCUGAAACUCGGAAAAAACCUCUACACCAAUGAAUAUGUUGCUAUUAAAUUGGAACCGGUGAAGUCCAGGGCACCACAGCUCCAUUUGGAAUACAGGUUCUACAAAACAUUGGGGAGUACAGCGGAAGGCCUGCCCCAGGUGUACUAUUUUGGGCCGUGUGGGAAAUACAAUGCCAUGGUGCUUGAACUGCUCGGCCCCAGCCUGGAGGACCUCUUUGACCUUUGUGACCGCACCUUUUCCCUCAAGACGGUCCUAAUGAUUGCCAUUCAGCUGAUUUCACGCAUGGAAUAUGUGCACUCUAAGAACCUCAUCUACAGGGACGUGAAGCCAGAGAACUUUCUCAUCGGGAGGCAAGGAAACAAGAAGGAACACAUCAUUCACAUCAUAGACUUUGGCUUAGCCAAAGAAUACAUCGACCCUGAAACCAAAAAACACAUUCCUUACCGGGAGCACAAGAGUCUGACUGGCACAGCUCGAUACAUGUCCAUAAAUACACACUUGGGGAAAGAGCAAAGUCGGCGAGAUGACCUUGAAGCCUUAGGUCACAUGUUCAUGUACUUCCUCCGAGGCAGCCUUCCUUGGCAGGGACUAAAGGCCGACACUUUAAAAGAGCGAUAUCAAAAAAUCGGGGACACAAAACGGAACACUCCCGUUGAAGUUCUUUGUGAGAACUUUCCAGAGGAAAUGGCUACGUAUCUGCGCUAUGUACGGAGGUUGGAUUUUUUCGAAAAGCCUGACUAUGAGUACUUACGAACCUUGUUCACCGAACUGUUUGAACGCAAAGGAUACACAUUCGAUUACACAUACGACUGGGUCGGCAGGCCAAUUCCCACACCAGUCGGGUCCGUGCACGUAGAUUCUGGAACAUCGGCUGUGACCCGGGAGAGCCAUGCGCACAGAGAUCGACCGUCCCAGCACCAACCGCUGAGAAACCAGACGGCCGCCUCCGACCGCAGAGGAGCAUGGGAGGUGCAGCCCAACCGGCAGGCCAACUCCUACCUGACCUCCCACCUGGCGUCGGACAGGCAUGGAGGCUCAGUGCAGGUGGUCAGCUCGACUAACGGGGAGCUGAACGCAGACGACCCCCUGGCGGCACAUUCCAACGCACCGAUCACAGUGCAAGCAGAAGUGGAAGUGGUGGACGAAGCAAAGUGUUGCUGCUUCUUCAAGAGAAAGAGGAAAAAAAACACCACCCGGCACAAAUGAUCCAGAGUGUUCCACCGAGCCCAUCCUUUUGGUCAUUUUAAGAGCGUUUAAUAAAGUUUUUGAAAAGAAGACAACAGAAUGCCCUCAGAUUCCAAAUAAAAACCUCAUUGGGACUUGCCUGUGAGAGAUAAGACAUGCACAUAUCGUCCCUCUGAGGUGGGAAGAGUAACAUGGAUGCCGGGGCUCAUGGACAGGUUCCUUGUAUUGGGAUAUCCACACACUCACUUGGAUCGUAAAGCACUGGAACAGCAUUGCACUCCUUCCUGCUUCUUGUUUUUUUCCUCUCCCUCCUGUUUGGUGAAGGCGGCUUUUUAUGAUCGAGCCCUGUUUUAUUCUGGCUUUGCAACGGAUGCAGCAGGUUUGGUGUGCAGUCAGAGGAGCCUCAUCCACACUGGAGUUUAUAAAUGGCUUGAAACCACCCAUUAGCUUUAGCCCUCUUACCAAUCACGGCUUAUAUAUUUUCAGAAUUUCUGCUCCUCCUGACUGGUCAAAGCCUUGUGAUGU